CUACCAUGUGUUGCUCCAGUCUUCCCUCGACUACGUCUCUCCUACGCCGUUUCAACGACGAUGGCCUCGCUGACCGCCGCUGCCGUCGCUUCCGCCGCCGUAUUCCCUCCUACUCCUCCCAAUUCCUUCCUCGGCUCUCUUCCUUUCCAGUCAUCCUACGCAGUCACGAGUUCCCUCUCGGUCACUCGCCGUCUCCCGCACAAUCGGAGCGACUUCACUCUGAUCGCCCAGCGGCGGUGGAUGAGGCCGAAGGCCCCGGGUCCGUCUCUCUCCGUUAGGUGCUCCUCCGCUUUGAGUCCGGAGCUGAAAUCGACAAUCGAUAAGGUUGUGCAAUCGCAAAAGGUGGUGCUCUUUAUGAAGGGAACCAAAGAAUUCCCUCAGUGUGGCUUCUCCGACACUGUGGUGCAGGUGUUGAACUCCCUAAACGUGCCUUUUGAGGCGCUGAACAUACUUGAGAACGAAGUGCUACGCCAGGGAAUGAAGGAGUACUCAAAUUGGCCUACUUUUCCCCAACUCUACAUCGACGGAGAGUUCUUUGGUGGCUGCGAGAUCGUCGUCGAAUCUUACAAGGUCGGGCAACUUCAAGAGGUAUUAGAGAAAGCUUUGCAAUCUUGAUGUCUGUCUAUCAAGUUAAAGAUACAUAUCAUACCCUGUUUUGCGCUUGAGUUUAGGUUUUGUCUCUAAAAAAUGAAUAUUUCUUUGUCAUCGUCGAGUAUUACUUGUCUUAAUGUAACAUCAGUUUACCGGAUCAUUUUAUGUUUGUAUCUAUUACAAUUGUGUGUUCUAUGUGACAAUCAUAAAGCAGUGAGCUAUACGAAAAACACUAUAUUUGGUUUGUA